CGAUGCUCAUCAGCCAGUCAUGAGACAUUCCUAACCACCUGAAUACUCACAAUACUAUCCAAAUUCAGAGGCACAGUCGAGUAAAUUACCCAUCAAUUCAGAAUGUCGACAAUAAGCUUCGCCUCGGAAGACCAGUUCGAAGCUGCCUCAUCGUGGCUGAUUUCAACACCUCCAGCGGCUGGACUUCCAAAUGAGAUCAAGUUAGAGCUUUAUGGUCUUUUCAAAUUUAUAACCACAGGAGCAGGACCAACAUCAUCUCGUCCCUCCCUUUUUUACCCCACCAACCGCGCAAAGCAUGAUGCUUGGGAUUCUGUCUCAAGGAAAUAUCUUCAUUUGAAUUCGGUCCCAAAUCAAACGAAAGCGAUGGCCCAAGGUCGUUAUGUUGAGAUCGCAAAACAAAUUGGAUGGGACGGUGUCAUUCAGGAAGAGAACGAAAUCGAUCUUGAAAGAUUGAGCGAUAGUGGAAGUGAAGAUGGAAAAGACGGAAAUGAGGGAGCAAAGGAUGGAUGGAGAAAAGUCAGCGUCAUGCAGGGAGAAGACGGGUUGGAUAACGAAGGAACAAGCCCUAUACAUGAUGCCGUUGUCGCAGAUUCCCUGCAGGCGGCAAAAGAAUUGGCUGAAAGCGAUUCAAGUUUGAUAAACUCAAGAGAUGAAUUCGGAUAUACACCUCUGCAUUUGGCUGCCGACAGAGGAUACCCAGAAAUGACAAAGCUUCUGUUGGAGCUUGGCGCAGACAAGAGCCUGAAGGACCAGGACGAUCAGACACCUUCAAUGCUCGCUCAAAUAUCGGGUCGGGACGACAUAAUUGCCAUCCUAGAUUCAACUCCAUAGAGGCAUAUGUCUAGAUCGAGGGCAUUUUUUAUGAUCAUAUAAAGAUAUACAUAUAAAUAUGCACCAUGGUUACCUAUAA